AGAAGAACAACGUAUGAACGGAACGCAAGGCCGUGCAUCACGAAGCACACAAGCAAGUUACUGAAACCAAACCCGGACGUGUUGUCGUUUCAUAAACCGGAUUUCAUAAUCGCCAAUAGGUCCGGGUACUUUUUGUAAUUGGAGCAUGAUUUUGCUUUGGUCAAAAUAGAAGAAAAAGAAAUAAAAGAAACGCUUUAGCAGCGAAACCACCACGCCCAACAAAACGAAGAAAGAAGAGAAGACAAGAGAAGAGCAGUCGGCGUUUACGACUCUGCUAACCCUAACCAAUUUCUCUCUUCUAUUCUUUCUAUUCGACGCGUAAGUGUUUGUAUUGGCUAUGGUUUUUCACAGUGCUCUGCAGUUUGGCGAUUUUCCGGUCAUGUCUCUUUAACUCCUUUCGUUUGGAGAUUAGUUUGAUUAGUUUUCGUUCGGGAAAUUUUUGAAUAGAUCGAUCGCUGUUUCGAGACUGUGCAUGUGCUGGUUUGGUUGGCUAAUUGAGUAAUCGAUGGUUUAAUUUAAAGUAUUUCAUUUGGGUACCGAAUUUGGGCUUCGAGUUUUUGGAGGUCAAAGAUGGAUUUGGUUACUAGUUGCAAGGAUAAAUUGGCAUAUUUUCGGAUAAAAGAGCUCAAGGAUGUCCUAACACAGUUAGGUUUUUCGAAGCAGGGGAAGAAGCAGGACCUUGUUGACAGAAUAUUAGCUGUUCUUGCGGAUGAGCAAGCAAUUUUAUUUGCAGUUCCAAAGACGUCAGUAAAAAAAAGUGCUGUGGGAAAGGAGGAGGUUGCCAAACUGGUGGAUGACAUUUACAGAAAAAUGCAGGUUUCUGGGGCCACUGAUUUAGCAUCAAAGGGACAGGGUGUCUUGGAUAGCAGCAAAGUAGUUAUUAAAGGAGAAAUGGAUGAUUCCUUUCUCUUGGAUACAAAAGUUCGUUGUCCAUGUGGAAGUUCAUUGGAGACAGAGUCAAUGAUUAAGUGUGAGGAUCCCAGAUGUCGAGUGUGGCAACACAUUGGUUGUGUUAUAAUACCUGAAAAGCCCAUAGAGGGCAAUCUGCAAGUUCCUGACUUGUUUUACUGUGAGAUCUGUCGUCUGUGCCGUGCUGACCCUUUUUGGGUUACUGUUGCACAUCCUUUGUAUCCCGUGAAGCUGGCUACUACAAAUAUUCCGGCUGAUGGUCCAAGCCCAGUGCAGAGUGUGGAGAAAACAUUUCAUCUUACAAGGGCUGACAAGGACUUAUUGACAAAACAAGAAUAUGAUAUUCAGGCUUGGUGUAUGCUUUUAAAUGACAAGGUUCCAUUUAGGAUGCAAUGGCCACAAUAUGCAGAUCUACAGGUCAAUGGUGUGCCAGUUCGAGCUAUUAAUAGACCUGGUUCACAACUAUUGGGGGCUAAUGGUCGUGAUGAUGGUCCAAUUAUCACGCCAUGUACAAAAGACGGGAUCAAUAAGAUAUUAUUAACUGGAUGUGAUGCUCGUAUCUUCUGUUUAGGAGUCAGAAUUGUGAAGCGAAGAACUGUUCAACAGAUACUUAACUUGAUUCCAAAGGAGUCUGAUGGUGAACAUUUUGAAGAUGCACUUGCCCGAGUUUGUCGUUGUGUUGGUGGUGGAGCAGCUGAUAAUGCUGAUAGUGACAGUGACCUGGAAGUUGUUGCAGAUUCUUUUGCUGUUAGUCUCCGCUGUCCUAUGAGUGGUACGAGAAUGAAGGUUGCUGGAAGAUUUAAACCUUGUGCUCACAUGGGCUGUUUCGAUCUUGAAGUUUUUGUAGAAAUGAACCAGCGUUCUAGGAAGUGGCAGUGCCCCAUUUGUCUCAAGAACUACUCGUUAGAGAAUCUAAUCAUUGAUCCAUAUUUCAAUCGUAUCACUUCUAAGAUGUGGAACUGUGGCGAAGAUAUAACCGAUAUUGAGGUGAAGCCAGAUGGUUCUUGGCGUGUGAAAACCAAAACUGAAGCUGAUCGUAGAGAUGUUGGUGAACUUGCACAAUGGCACUAUCCUGAUGGUUCUCUGUGUGAACCUAUUGGGGGAGAUGUCAAAACAAAAUUGGAAAUGGAAAAGCUGAUCAAGCAGGAAGGACCUUCAGAUGGACAUAAUGGUAUUGGUUUGAAACUUGGAAUUAGGAAGAACUGCAACGGUUUUUGGGAAGUCAGCAAACCUGAGGAUGUGAAUACGUCCUCUUCUGGUAGUAGAUUGCUAGAUAAGUUUGAAAACCAUGAACAGAAAGUUAUUCCUAUGAGCAGUAGUGCCACAGGUAGUGGUCGAGAUGGUGAAGAUCUAAGUGUAAAUCAGGAUGGCGGUGGAAAUUUUGAUUUCACAAGCAAUGGGAUUGAACUUGAUUCGUUGACUCUAAAUGUAGAUUCAGCAUAUGGAUUCGCUGAUAGAAACAUUUCUGCACCAGUGGUGGAUGCAGAAGUUAUUGUUCUUAGUGAUUCUGAUGAUGAUAAUGAUAUAUUGAUGGCACCUGUUGCUGUUUACAAGAAUGAUCAAACUGCUGAUGGUGGGGCUGCUUAUCCAAUGCCCCCUCCUGCAAUUGCAAAUCCCUAUCCUGAAGAUCCUACAGUGGGGAGUGGUUUGGGCUUUCUAAAUUCUAAUGAUGAUGAAUUUGGUAUGCCCCUCUGGCUGCCACCUGGAAGCCAAGCUGGCCCAGGGUUCCAAUUAUUUAAUUCAGAUGUAUCAAGUGCCUUGGAUUUGCAGCAUGGUCCUAUCAACUGUCCCAUGUCAAUGAAUGGUUACACACUGGCUCCAGAUACUGUUAUUGGACCUGCUAGUUUUGUGCCAGAUUCUUCUGUUGGUAGAUCUGAUGCUGACAUAAAUGAUGGCUUGGUUGAUAACCCCUUACAAUUUGGUGGUGAAGAUCCUUCUCUUCAAAUCUUUCUUCCAACUAGACCUUCAAAUGCGUCAGGGCAUUCUGAUUUGAGGGAUCAAGCUGAUGUGUCAAAUGGUGUCCGUACAGAGGAUUGGAUCUCUCUGAGUCUUGGUGGUGGUGGUGCCACUGGUCGCUGUGAUUCAGUUCCUGAAAAUGGACUGAACUCGAGGCAGCAUAUUCCAUCGAGAGAAGGUGCAAUGGAGUCUUUGGCCGACACUGCUUCUUUGCUACUUGAGAUGAAUGAUGGUAGAUCUGAGAAGGCAAGUCGGCCAAGAUCUGAUAGCCCUUUCACAUUCCCUCGCCAAAAACGUUCUGUAAGACAGCGGUUGUAUCUUUCCAUCGACUCAGACUCAGAGUAGUGAAGUGCCCUUUCCCUUUUUCUGCUGGGAAUACUACCUUUGAAUUUUUUUUCCUGGACAAAUCUUCUGGGAUGAUUGAGUGAUAGAAGAAAAAGAUGAUCAACAUUUGGUUCCUGUGACAUGGAAGUCUCAGAUGAGGCAGUACAUUGGGAGUGAUGUUGCUGGGAAAAACUCUCCUCUUAAAGUUGUGUUGACAGCUGAAGAUUAUUUUGUGCGAUUGGUGAGAUGCAGGCCUCGUAAACGCCCCCUAAAUUUUAUGCGGUUUACUUUGUUCUAUCUGGAUUGUUACUAGCAGACAAUCUCAUCUCAACAAAGAUCUAUGUGCAGUUCUGGUAAAUUGUACAGCAGAUAGUCAUUUAAUUCUGAAAAUUGGAUUAAACCAUUGGUCAGUUAAAGAGAAGCCCCCAGUUCAUAAGACAAGUAUCCAUCUUUUUUUUUUCUUUUUUUUUUUUUUUUGGGGGGGGGGGGGUCGUUCUUUUUAAUGACGAGAGCAAAUAGUUUUUGUAAAUGUCCCAUAGAUUCAGUUACAGUUAAUUAUAGAAAGAAUAAGAUAUUUCCCAAGUGUACGACUUUGCAAGUUUGUUUUUAUUGUUGUCUUUUACAAUUGGGUCUCAAAUAUUGAACAUUGAAUAUUUAUUA